AUGCAUACUCUGCCGAUCACCCUCGACUACACUCUCCGCGAUCUCUACUCAAUCGAUUCCGAAGAUGACCCGAACAACGUCCUGAUCUACUACCCUCUACAAUUUGGCCAUAACCACGAGGGAGCAUCGGCAAAGUUUGCAUACGAAUACAGGGUGGAAGAUGACUCUGAAGAUGCGGCGUCAUCCCUCACAAUGGCAGCCAACAUGGUGCCACAGCGGUACGCGUUCUCGGCGGGCAAGAUGCCUCUGGUGAUCCUGGACUUUCCUUCGAAGGAAUCAGACAGCGAAAUUCAACCCGAUUGUGAAAGAAAAGGUCCCCUGCCUCUUCAUCAAAUUGAUAUCCACCGAACUUUCGCCCAGUUACAGCACCACCAGCGACCAGCCGUGAGCUUUGCAAAGAGCCCAGACAGCAUCGAGCUAGGCUUGAACGCAAAGAUCGCAGUUCUUCUGCCCACCGACUGUCUCACGCAUCUACCUCAUCUCACCUGUCCCGAGACGCAUUACGAGAUCCUGUCAAAGCGUGGACUUGCAAUGUCCGGCCUGCCCACGCCGCCGUCUCGCGUGAUCGACACCAUCCUGAUCGACUCCGAGGAUCCUACUCUUCUCGCAGAAGAGACCACCCGAAUGACAGAGUCCAUCGACCAACACGCCCUUCCAUUCAUGGUGAAGCUCCCCCAGUCAAUCUCCGGAAUGGGCACCUUCGCCAUCACCUCCGAAGCAGAGCGCGCACACGUCAAGGCCAUGCUACAAACCCAGCUCGGCUCCAUGCUGCGCCAACUCAACCACUCCAAUCACCACCUGUACCCCUGCUCCAUUGUCUUGCAGGAUUUUGUCUCCGGCCCGGUAGUAGCGCUGUCACUCUUCGUCACGAAAACCGGAUCCCCCAUCUUCAUCGCCUGCUGUGAGCAGCUCUUCGACGACCACUCGCACUGGAUCGGCGGGUCGAUCUCAUACGCCCAGCAAGCUCACUUCCAAACGACAUUCUCCGCGCUCGUGGACAAAAUCGCUGCGUUCCUGCAUCGCAAGGGAUAUCAUGGCCCUGCUGGUGUGGAUAUCGUCACUGAUACGCGCACGGGCGAGCAGAUGGUGAUUGACCUGAAUGUUCGGGUGACGGGGACGUUUCAUCUGGGGCCUCUGAGGGGACAUUUUACGAGUCGGGGGCUGGGAGAGGUGGCGAUGACGACGGGGGAUUUCUUUUGCUCGAGGGAUUUGUUUGAGGGAGUUUUUGCGGAUGAGAUUCAGAGGGGGAGUUUGAUUGUCAGUGGCUGGGUUCAUGGCGAGGGAGCGAAGAGCCAUGCAGCGAUUACGGUGGGAGCUGGGGAUGUCGGUGAGUUGCAGGAGUUUCUUGCAAGGGUGAGGGCUGCUGGGUUGCCGAAUUAA